ACUGUAUACACAACACAACCGCAAAGUGGAAACGUAUUUAUCACUCAUUGGUUGAAUUGAUAAAAUAUAUUGUUAAAUUAUUUGUACUAAAUAUUGAGCCUUGACUAGUUAAAUAAAUGCUUAUCUUUUAAAUAAUUACUGCCUUAAACCAAUUAAGUAUUAAGUAAGCAUGAAAUAUAAAUUUUUUUAACAUUUGUUUGUUGUAACAAAUAAAUAUUUAAAAGUUACAUCUAUUGUUUGUAAGCUCAUAUAAAAUAUUUAAAAAUGUCAUCAUUGACUUAUGACACGAGGAAUUAUAUUUAGAUAACUGACAUACGUUAAAUGAUUACGACAAACCAAUAUUUAAAAUUGGUUAAACAAUUUCAGGAAGAGGUUCCUUGAGAUGCUUCAAAUGACGCAAUUUGUUGCUUGAUGAUGAUUUUCGCAGACUAGUUUAAUUCAAAUAUGUUGCGAAUAAUUUAAAAAUUACUGAGACGUUAAGUCUGGCGGGUUCUUGAAGAAUGAACGGAAAAAACACUUGCGGGUCCAAUCCUGCAUAUCUUAUUUGUAUAACCUAAGUUAUUAUUUACGUAUAUAGAUCGUUUAAAAAGCAUGAUGAUGAUUUUUAAUGUUAAAAUGUGGGUGAAAGCCUGGCUGCUCUGCGUCUGCUGCGUGUUAGCUCAGCAGGAUCCGGAGAACCGCAGUACGAGUUUGAUAUCCGAGCAAGAUGAUCCGCUUUUACUAUUUCUGACAAUCAGUGGGUCGUUCGUUGGUGUUGGUCAACAGUCUGGUAAAAUUCGAUGGCGACAGGACAAUGAACCGGUUGUCAAAGUCCCGUAUGACGUUACCCAAACAUCUCCAAUGUUUUUACCUGAUCCCAAAGACGGAUCCUUGUACUUUUAUGGAGCGGGAUUGGAAGUUUUUAAAAAAUUGCCCUUCACAAUACCACAGCUGGUAGCAAAAAGUCCUUGUCGCAGCAGCGAUGGGUAUCUUUACACAGGAAGAAAGACCGACACCUGGUUCAGCAUUGAUCCAGUGACUGGAGAACGUGAACAGCUAUCGGGUUUCGAUGAGCCUGAUAACACGUGUCCUCUUGAAACGCAAAACACUAUUUUUGUUGGUCGCACCGAGUACAAUAUUAUAAUGGUCGACAGCAAGCAGAAGGAGCGGAAAUGGAACGUCACGUUCUAUGACUACUCGACGGUAAACAUCGAAGGAGAUGAUGACUAUAAUUUCGUUCACUUCACGACUAGUUCCACAGGUCGCGUUGUGACACUGGAUCCAAGAUUUGGAGCUGUCUUGUGGGAACUGGAUCUAGAGAGUCCAGUUAUUUCUGUUUAUACGAUAGACAAUGAUAAUUUAGUAUCUGUGCCUUUUACCAGUGUGUCAGAAGACACGCUGAAUAAUAUACUCGAGCGGUUCAGUUCGAAACCAAAUGACAUACAAUUGUAUCCUGCAUUGUAUGUUGGAGAACACAGACAUGGCUUGUAUGCGUUGCCUUCGCUCGUCGACUCCUCUACUGCGACAAUUUCCUCAAACGCUGGACACCUGAUGCUCGAGGGUCCGCGCGCGAUUUCAAAUUCACAUAAAACUGAUGAUGACAGUGAAAAAAUAUCUGGCAAAGCAAACGAGGAUCAGAAGCUAGACGAGAUACCGCAGAACAAUAAUUUAAUUGUCUUGGGUCACUACAAAAUGUCAGAGUUCAAGCCGCUGAAUCAACCGCUUCAGAUAACCGGCCGUUCGGAUCCAGUUAUUCAGAGCCUAGACAUCCUGAGCAACUCGACGGGGAAAAUAACAAUUGUUCUCUCAAAUCAUGAAGAAAUAAAUGGGACCAAUAGUACCGAGCAUCGCAGCUGGAGCAAAGCCAUCGCCAACAGUUACAAUGUCAGCAAACGCUGGUUGAAUCAACAAGAGAACAAAGACAUUAAAUUGACUCUUGGAAUAGUGAUUUUAAGUGGCUUCACAUUCUUCAUGUAUAUUUUUACUAAAGUCAAAAAGAUUGAGAAUUUAUCCCAAGGCUCCAGGGAAAAUAGUCGGACUAGUAAUUACAGUGGCAACGGAAUCACUUCGAUACCUGAAGACAUCGGAGGUGGCACCGUAAAAGUUGGGAAGAUAAUAUUUAAUAUUGAUGAAGUGCUGGGCAAAGGCUGCGAAGGAACGUUUGUUUACAAAGGAGAAUUUGAUGGCAGGUCUGUUGCUGUGAAACGUCUUUUGCCCGACUGUUUUACCUUCGCCGAUCGUGAAGUCGCUCUGCUGAGAGAAUCAGACGCUCAUGCCAAUGUCGUAAGAUACUUUUGCACAGAGCAAGACCGUAUGUUUCGUUACAUUGCUCUCGAAUUGGCCCAAGCUACCCUGCAGGAUUACAUCGCCGGCAGAUACGAUCGUAAAUCAAUUUCUGUUAAGAAUAUUCUACUUCAAGCAACUUCUGGUCUUGCUCACUUACACUCUUUGGACAUUGUCCACAGAGAUAUUAAACCACAUAAUGUUUUGCUAUCGAUGCCAGGGCCUCGCGGCGAGGUCAGAGCCAUGAUAUCAGACUUCGGAUUGUGCAAAAAAUUACAACUCGGCCGCAUGUCGUUCUCACGGAGGUCUGGCGUAACUGGCACAGACGGAUGGAUCGCUCCUGAAAUGUUAAACGGCGAACGAACGACCUGUGCCGUUGAUAUAUUUUCUCUUGGUUGUGUAUUUUAUUACGUUUUAUCCAACGGCAACCACCCGUUCGGCGAUAACUUGAGAAGACAGUCCAAUAUAUUGUGUGGAGAAAGCAAUCUGUCCAUGCUAAACAAUAUCAGCAACAGUGAUAGAGAACUUGCAUUGAUAUUGAUAAAGUCUAUGAUUGACAGUGACCCUACAAGUAGACCUCCGGCUAUAGCUAUUCAAAAUUAUCCGUUCUUUUGGAAUCCAUCCCGCAUUCUUAACUUCUUUCAGGAUAUCAGUGAUCGAGUUGAGAAAGACGAUGCAGGUAGUCUUGCAUUAAUGGUACUGGAGUCUGGCGGAGAACGUGUAGUUGAAAAAGAUUGGCGCAGUUGUAUCGAUAUCGAAGUUGCCAAUGAUCUUAGAAAGUAUAGAAGCUACAGGGGCGAAAGUGUCAGAGAUCUUCUCCGUGCACUUAGAAAUAAAAAACAUCAUUACCGAGAGUUGACGCCAGAAGCUCAGGCAAGUCUCGGCGAGAUCCCAGUUAAAUUUACCGAGUACUGGUUAUCAAGAUUUCCACACUUGCUAUCACACAGCUGGUGUGUUAUGCAAAAAUUCCGGAAUGAACCGACUCUGCAAGAUUAUUAUCAUAACGAUUACGAAUUUACGACUUAUCAUGCCUAUAAUAUUGUUGAAGAAAUAUCUCUUCGACCUUUAUCAUUUAUAAAUAAUGCUGGGUCAUCAGCAGCAGAAGCUGUCCAACCAGAAUCUCCGAUCCCUCCGUGGAGGAUACGUAACACUAUUGACUGGAGUCCGAAUCGUUCUAGGUUUCGUCCCAACAGAAAAAGACAAGAGAGACGAAAAGCUGAAGGUCCAAUUGUCUGGACUCUACCGUCCGCCAGUUAAGCCUUCCACGGUCUCAAUAAUAUUUAUAUCUUUCUUACGCGAAUUACCGCCAAAAUAUAAUUUAAUAAAUUAAUUAAUUCAUAUUUUUAAUGAAAAUUUGUGAUAAUUACGUCGUAAUCAAAAAAUAUGUCAAAUUUACUGUCAAUUUUUCAUUUUUUCUGCAGUAAUUUUAGAAAUGAUAGCACUAGAAUUUUUUUUCUUUUAUACGUGAGCACAAAUUUUAUUUUUUUCGU